CGCGACGGUUGUAUUUAUUUACAUAACACAGAAAAAAAAAUGCAAAAAUUUUACAAAUACAUUGUGUUUUUUUUACAAAUUUUCAAAGUGAAUAGUAUAGAGUUUUUCAGAACCCCAAAGGUGCCCCGUUUGGAACACGAAUGGUGGGGACCCACGCAUUUGAAGUACAAUAAUGAUACAAGUAUCAGACCUUUUCAAAUUCACUUUUCUGAAGAGAUGAUCUUAGACUUAAGGUAUCGUCUGAAGAACACAAGGUCGUGCACUCCACCUCUGAAAGGCGUCAAUUUCGAGUAUGGUUUCAACACGGACCACUUGCAAGGAUGGCUGGACUAUUGGGCAGACCACUAUCCCUUCCAGCAGCAAGAGUUAUACCUCAACCAAUUCCCUCAGUUCAAGACCAACAUCCAAGGACUUGACAUACACUUCCUCUGGGUAAAACCUGAUGUACCAUUUACAGUGGAAACGGUACCACUACUUCUAAUGCAUGGCUGGCCGGGUUCCGUGAGGGAGUUCUACGAGACCCUGCCGAUGUUGACAGCUAUAUCACCUGACAGAGACUUCGCUGUUGAAGUCAUAGCUCCUAGUUUGCCUGGAUUCGGAUUCUCUGACCCUGCUGUUCGUCCUGGACUGGGUACUUCAGAGAUGGCCGUGGUCCUGAGGAAUCUAAUGCACAGGCUGGGCUUCAAGAAAUUCUAUGUGCAAGGCGGAGAUUGGGGAGCCGUGAUUGGUCAAGAUAUGGCGACCAUUUUUCCGAAGGAGGUUCUUGGAUACCACACGAACCUUGCGGUAACCCUCGCACCUACAUCAAUAGUACUAUGGGUGCUUGGUUCCGUGUUCCCCCCACUGGUGGUAGACCCAGAUCUUGCUGACAGAAUGUAUCCAAUCCUGGAGCAUGUCUACUGGCUCGUCAGGGAGACUGGAUAUUUCCAUCUGCAAGCCACCAAACCUGAUACUUUAGGUGUAGCGAUGGCGGAUUCCCCUUCUGGUCUUUUAGCUUACAUCUUCCAGCUGUUUUCAACGGGCAGCAGAAGAAGGUAUUACAACAGGAACGACGGUGGUUUCAGUGAGUUGUUCACUCGGGAAGAAUUGAUCGACAAUCUGAUGAUUUACUGGAUGACCAACAGCUUCACGACCUCUGCCAGAAUAUAUGCCGAGUUUGCAAAUCUGAGGACUUUGAGAAUGGGGAUAUUUGCGAUACCCACACCAGUACCAACUUGGGCUAUUCAGGCUAAAGACGAAAUUAUAUACCAGUCUCCAACACUGCUAAGACAAAAGUUCCCGAACCUAGUGAAUACCACAGUUCUCAAUACCGGAGGACAUUUCUUGGCGUUCGAGUUGCCUCGAGUUUUCGCAAACGAUGUCUUGAACGCUAUCUCUGCGUUCAGAAGUUGGCACUACCAUAACAAGCUUAACAAAAAUAAAUAUGGACUUUCAUGAUUAAGGUUUUUUUUUACUAUGUUAUGUUAUUGUUUUAUUACGUGUCUAGUGUAC